CUUGGGUUUACUUCCAUGGAAGAAAUGCACAGGAAGGUUAUAGAGGACCUCCAGCAGGAGCAUCAGAAGCAGGUAACCAACCUUCUGAAGGAGAAAGACCAGCUCCUGCAGGAAGAGACAGCUGCUACUAUGUCAGCGAUUGUAGCAAUGCGAAGAGCCCAUAAAAAGGAGCUGGAGAGGAGCAGACAAUUUCAGCAGAUCAGGGAGAGUGCAGACAUCAGUGAACUCCACCUGGAAUAUGAGAAGGAGAUCCAAUUAUUGCAGAGGGAGCUGGAGGUGUUGUCGGAUCAGCACACAAAGAAAUGCCUGGAAAACUCUGAGCUGAGCCAGGAGCUGCAGAAUGAGAGGGAAUCAGUAACACAGUGCAAGAAAGAAAACCAGGAACUCAAAGAGAUGCAGACGACUCUGAGGACACAGGAGGCAGAGAUGCAACAUCUAAAACAGGAAGCCCUCUCUCUCAGAGAGGAAUUGGCAAUUGCACAAAUGGACAAAGUUUAUGCAGAGAAUAAACUGAAGGCCCUCCAUACACAUAAUUACAGUGAAGCCAAGUUUGCCACAUGGACAAGCCGAGAUACUACAGGACAUCAUGCUGAUGACACUGUGACGAACAACCCUGCUACCAAAAAGAAAGAGAAAUCCUCCUUCUUGCGUCAAAUUCGGGGAUUCAGAUCAAAGAGUUUAAAAGAUGGACUUUCUACACAAGAAAGGAGGAAGUUGUUUGAGUCGUCAUGAUUUACUGGAGGUGAACCGACCUCACAGAUACGAUGCCUGAUUUUUAGACUUCUGUGAAUAAAGAG